AUGGCCGAGGUUGCACCACCACCAUUUCCCUUCAUUGCUCCCCCCCUCUCUCCCUCACCUUUUUCGCCGUUUGGAACAACGUCGCAUCCUCACCAUUUGUCUGUUCCAGACGGUGGUCCCUUCAGCACACCGCGGCGUCCAGUACCGGCCCCCCGCCGUGCGAUCCCCGAGAAGAUGACGGAAUCAAGCGCAUCCUCUCAGACGUUUGUUGAUUUGUCGCAGGGACUGGGGCCGGAUGUUCGAGAAGGCAAGCGAAGGCAGUUCAAUUACAAUGGGAAGUAGCUGCGAGAAGUUGAACCCGAGUUGAUGGAUGCUUUGAUUGAGGCCACAAAAGAUGGUGACCACAGCAGGCUGCAAGCUUUAUCUGUAUCGGAGGCUUGGGUUGGCGAAGAUAAUGAUGGAGGAAAAGAAGAUUUUGAGCAAGAACGCGAUGAAGAGGAAGGGCUACCUGGUUUUUACUUUGUUGCUGAAAAAAAGUCUGCAUUGCCUACCGCUGCUACUGAAAGUUUCAUUUGCAUCCUCUUGGAGGGAAACGAGUUCAACAUGUAUGGGCUGUGUGAGGAGUCCACAAAAAAAUCAUUGGAAACAGACUUUGCUGGUUACCAAUCUUUUAAGCAUACUAAAAUCCUGGCUUCGUCUUUAUUGAGAGCUGCUAAUUUAUACGAGUGUUCUAAACCAUGGAAACCUUAUACAUCGAAUUAG